UCUCCAUCUCCAUUGAUUCUCUGCAAUUUUCUCUCUCUACAACCAAACACUCUGUUACGUUAUCAAAGCAAGUCUCUACCUUAUUUUCUGUACAUGGAGGCACCCGGAUUCUUGGCCGGCGGCUACUACGGAGCAGCAACCCGGGGAUUCUCGUCGGAGAACAGGGUUCCCGAUCAAAAAAACUGCGAGAAUUUCACCAUUGAUGACCUUCUCGAUUUUUCUAAUGAUAUGAUACUAACUGACGGCUUCUUCGACAAUGUCACUGGCAAUUCAACCGUCACCUCCACUGUCUCCGCCGUUGACAUCUCCGAUUCCUCCUUCUCCGUUACCGCCGAUGAUCACUCCUCAAGCUUCGGCCACCGCAGCGUCGGCGAUGACUCCCAUUUCUCCGCCGCCCUAGUCUGCGUUCCGGAUGAUGAAAUGGCGGAGCUUGAAUGGUUCUCAAAUUUCAUUGAAGACUCGUUCUCAACGGAGCAAAAUCUGAACAAUCUUCAUAUUUUAUCUGGUUCCAAGCCUCCGACACCUGAUUCGUCUUCUUCCUCCUUCAACUGCACAAGUUUCAGUCCGGAGACACCUCUGCCGGGAAAGACCCGAUCCAAGCGGUCCCGGGUUGCCCCGUGCGACUGGUCCACACGUCUUCUCAUCCUCCACUCCAAAACGACGCCGAUUAAGAACAGGGAAAGGCCGAACCCGGAUACGCCGGCGCGGAAAUGCCUACAUUGCGCGGCGGAGUCGACCCCUCAGUGGCGAACCGGGCCGAUGGGUCCGAAGACACUAUGCAAUGCGUGCGGAGUGCGGUACAAGUCGGGUCGUUUAGUACCCGAGUACCGACCCGCUGCAAGCCCCACGUUUGUGUCGACCAAGCAUUCAAACUCGCAUAGGAGGGUGAUGGAGCUGAGGAGGCAAAAGGAGCUGCAGGCAGCGCAGCAACAGUUUGUUGGUCAAAGCUCAAUUUUUGGCGUAUCCAACGGUGGAGAUGAGUUUUUGAUCAAUCAUCGUGGUGGGCCGGAAUUUAGUUAGGCACAUGAUUUAGUAGUAGUCAUCUAGAUUUUCUUUUUGCAUUUUUUUUAUUUAAAGACAUUGUUAACAAAGGAUGAUUUGUAAUGUCGAAAAUAUUGGUUUUAAAGAAUUCAAAUUAAUAUUGAUCUCCAAAA